GCGUUAUCUGGAACAUCUUGGGUAAAUUUGGAGAAAACUGAUGAUAAUCUCCUUCAAAACCAGGAUUCUUUAAAUUUCAAUGGCUUUACAAUGUCUCUGCGUAGCCGAUCAUUCUCACACGGUUUGUCCCAAGCUUCGGCAAUCACUAAAAAUAAGACAGCUACAGCACCAAAAAGAUUAGAAACAAGGAAAGAAGGAACCUUAGCUGAACUGGAAGAAAAAAACAUUGAAGCAAGUGAAACAGUGUUGAAACCAGAUUUAGCACAAAAAGAAUUAACUCCUCUCGAAGGGGAGAACGCUCUGUGUGAUGUCAGUGAAGAUCCCUCUAUGAAAUGUGAUAGUCAGGACAGAAAGAUUGUAAAGCCUGAAACAAAUGUCUAUAGUUCAGACAGUCCAAUAAUUAGUCAAAAUUCAGAAGUGUUAGAGGGGGAAUAUGAAAGUGAAGACCUACUCCAUAAGCAGACAUCAAGUGAACCCAACACAGAUAGUUCACAGGAACCUUUUGUUCAAAAUUCUGUGUCUGUUCCUCCAUCUUCUCAUUCUGACUCUGUAAUUACCUCCGAAUCAAACUCAAAGGUACAUUUAAGAGAUUCAUGCUCAUUUACAGAAUCUUCUUUAAAGACUAUCUUCGAUUUGGUGCCUGCUGGUCAAGAAUGUGAUUCAAAUUCUGAUUCUGUUUCAUCUGCAUCAAAUUCAGAAGGAUGUUUGGAAAAUUCAGCCACAUUUGUUGAAUCCCACAUGAAAACAGACUUGGAUUUAGUGCCUGUUGAAGAACACAGUUCAAAUUCUGUAUCUAUAAUUACCUCUGAAUUAAACUCGAAAGAAAAUUUAGAAGAUCCAGGCUCUUUUGCAAAGUCACAUUUAAAGAUGGAUUUGGAGCCUGGAAAUAAAGAACCUUAUCCAAAUUCUGACUCUGUAGGUACUACUGAAUCAAAUUCAAUUGCACAUUCAGAAGAUUCAAGCUUAUUUAUUAAAUCCCAGAUAAAAUCAGAUGUGGAUUUGGUGCCUACUACUAAAGAACCAGAUUCAAAUUUUGGCCUGAGCUAUAAAAAAGAUGAUUUGGAAUCUGACCCAAAAAAUGCGACAGUUUGUGAUUCAUUUUCAAAUACCCGUAUAAAUAAUCACAUAACAGAGGAUGUUGAACCUGGCUCAGAUUUUGGCCUGAACUGUAAAAAAGAUGAUUUGGAAUCUGACAUAAAAAAUGUGACAGUUUGUGAUUCAUUUUCGAAUACCUCUUUAAAUAAUCAAGUAAUGGAGGAUGUUGAAGAAUCCAUUGAAUGUAUCAAUGAAAAAAAAUUAGUUUUGGAUUCUGGUUAUAUUCCUAUUUCAUCAUCAAACACAGAAGAAAGUGCAGCAGAUUUAAGCCCUACAACAGUUCAAGCCUUCAAUGGAAGUUCUGGACAAUCCCCUAAAGGCUGUAUUUCACAGUUGUCCUCCAGCACAGGAAACUCCACUCUUGCCUCUGACAGAGAUGUACAUAUAGAUAUACCAGCUGAUUUAGAGCUGCAACACAAAGUUUCUUCAUCACAAUCAGGAAAUAUUGGAAUAAACUUGAACUUGGUUCAGGACAACAGGGGUGACAUUAUCAGACCAGCUGAGGCCUCGGAUCCAUCCUCCUUUAUCAACCCAGCUUAUGGUCACCAACUAUCAUAUUCAUCUUUGCUUCCUAUGCUAGAAAAGAAGAAACGAAGACGUUGUGGGGUGUGUGAACCCUGCCUGCGGAAAACCAAUUGUGAAGAAUGCAGCUGUUGCAGGAAACGUAAAACUAGUCACCGGAUAUGUAAAAAGAGAAAAUGUGAAGAACUGAAAAAGCCGCCACCGCCAAUAACGCUACCUUUUGAGGCAGAUUUAGAAAACAAACCAGUAAAUGGCCUCAGACCAGAACCCAUGGAAUGCAGUAUAUGUGGUCAUGGUGAAAAAUACAGGGUGAAAACAAGCCAAACACUGCCCUUUGAAAAUGUACAGUCUAAUGAAAAAGAAAGCAUGACAGGCUUAGAAGCAGAAAAGUGGACAAAUAAUGAGAAACCGUCUUUUGGUGUCCAUGUCAAUGGAGAUUUCCAUGGAACCGUGACAGGAAAUGAACACUUGAAAAAUUCUGAAGAAGGUGAAAAAACAGUCUCUCCCAGUGAGUUAGUUGAGCCAAAAAAGAUUUUUGCACAAACCAUCAAAAAUGGCCUAAAAACCAUACAUUAUUCACCAUCAGAAUCAGAUGUAUCACUGACAAAAUUAAUUGUAGAAGAAAGGGCAGAUUUGACAAACAGCUGCAGAGAAAACAACUCCCAUAAUACACACUGGACAAAUACUGCUAAUUUGAAUAAUAUUGUGAACACUUUGACAACAAAUGUUUGCUGUAUUCAUCCAGAAAAACAAGGAAGUAUUUUCAUGAGACAGAAAUUAAACUCUACCAGUAAAAUCUUUCAAAGUUCUGAUAAUUCAGUUUUGCAAAGCAGUUCCAUUGAGGAUCCACAGGAAAGGGCAUGUUGUACCCCUGUGCCUGAAACAGAAGUCCAUGUAGAGAAAGAUGCAGUUAAAAUACCAAACAAAAAGGCACAACAUGAAAAUUCCCCACUUCAGCCAACUUUUUUGUCUCUGAUUAAAAACAGAAACUUAACUGUAGAACAAGUAGUAGCUAUUGAAGCAUUAACAAAAUUAUCGGAAGUCCCAUUAGAAGCUUCAACACCAACUAAAACAGAAAGUAUUGAUCAUGUAGCACAACAAACAACUUCCCAUCUACUCCACCAUUCCAAAAGGGACAUUUCAUCUGCCUUGACAUCUUCUACGUUAAAGGAAAUCAAAGAUGCAUUUUUACAGAAUGAACAGCAGCUCUUGUCUCACCAUAAUGAUUCAGAGAAACAGUUCCUUAAUAAGGCAGUGUUGUACAAUGGCCAAAGUACUGUUUCAGAAUUACAUAAUAAGUCUGCCAGUAAGAUUGAUGGGUUAUAUAAAUUUCAUUUAAGUCCAAGAGACACUAAAUCUUUAUCUGUUUUAGCAACUAAUGCAAAAUCAUCUUCAGGACCUACUACCAAGGAAAAAAACUCCCUCCAUAAAGAAGUUACCAUUGCUCCAUGUUCUAACAAGUCGUGUAAUGUCCAACAAAUGAGUAAUAAAUUGGAGAUUCUUGGCCAGUUAGAAAAGAAAGAUCAUAAGUAUGUGAACUUAAAAAGUAAUUCCAUAAUUAAGGAAGGAGGAAUUCACAGUCAGGAUGAGGAAGAUGUAGCUACACAAUUAACUCAACUUGCAGCAAUAAUUGAAUCAAACCAGACAAAUCCAGAACAGCAAAAUGAUGUAAAGACUUCACUUCUCAAUCUUAUAUCACAUGAGAUGCAACCAAAACAUAACCAAGAUCAAUACCUACUGCAGAAAAAACAAUCUGUAUUUAUAAAGCACAAUUAUAAUUCCUUGCUGGUAAAGCAAAAACAUUCGGCACAAAAAAAAGGAAAAAAUGCACCAUGGAAACAAAGACACAAAAAGAAGCCUCAAGAUGCAGGCUAUCAACAAAGUAAUGAAAAACAGCAAGAGCAGUCAGCAUGCCAGCAUAGUGAGUUAGAGGAUGUUUGGAUGUCAUCAAAACUGCACGGACUUGGUCAAACCAUGUCACAAGAUUCAAAAAUUGCUGCGUCAGAAAAAAAAUCUCCCAGAACCAAAGUCCAGAAGGCACUAAAUCAAAGUACUUUAUCACAGCAAAAACAUAGAUUAUUUCUACCACAAACUCAGAUAAAAAUCCAUAGACCUUUACCUGAGGUACUACAGGAGAAAACAAAAGACAGGCUGUUUGGCUGUGAAGUAGUAACUGAGCAAAUCAAAGCUGUAGGAUCCAAUGAUAUGUUAGGUAUGGAUCUACUGAAAAAUGACACCGUUGUUACCUGUUCACAGUAUGGUGAACUUGCUUCCAGUAAUCCAAUGACUGCUUCACAAUUAAAAACAGAAUCCUGUUUGAAUAAAUCAAGUGAAGACAUACAGAUGUUUACAGAAAAAGAUGAUAAUUCUCAGGUACAGCAAACAACGAAUGUCAUUCAGACGCAUCCUUUGCCUCAGACACUUAAUCAGUCUAACCAGAGAGCUAGUGAAAUAUAUUGUGAAGCCCAAGCAAAUUUUUUGCAGAGCGCUACAGGGCAAAAAGUGGAUCAGCACUUGCAAACACCACCUGCUACUUGUGCUGAAGCCGACUUACCAGAUGCAGUAGAAACUCUCAGGAAUAUAGAGUGUGCAGGUGAAGUUACAGUUCUGACAUCAACAAGUUUGGGUACCGAUAAGACACAAAGUAUAGGAGACUCAAGGUGUUCUCCAGCAAAGAAUACACUCAGCAGCUUUCUUGAAUCUCCUAUGAAGUUCCUGGACACACCUACAAAAAAUUUAAUAGAUACUCCAACAAAAAAAGGACAGUCUGAAUUUCCAACCUGUGACUGUGUUGAGCAAAUUAUAGAGAAAGAUGAAGGCCCAUAUUAUACACACCUUGGGACCGGACCAAGCAUUGCCGCCGUCAGGGAAAUAAUGGAGAACAGGUAUGGAGCUAAAGGAAGCGCUGUAAGAAUAGAGGUAGUGGUUUAUACAGGGAAGGAAGGAAAAAGUUCUCAGGGGUGUCCAAUUGCCAAGUGGGUGAUACGAAGAAGCAGUGAUGAGGAAAAGUUGCUUUGCUUGGUACGUCAGCGUGCAGGACAUCACUGCCAAACUGCUGUCAUAGUGAUUCUGAUAUUGGCUUGGGAAGGGAUUCCUCAUCUUCUGGCUGACACAUUGUAUAAAGAACUGACUCAGAGUCUCCGAAAAUAUGGCUGUCCCACAAGCCGUAGAUGUGCAUUAAAUGAAGACCGUACUUGUGCAUGUCAAGGACUUGAUCCUGAAACUUGUGGAGCAUCAUUCUCAUUUGGCUGUUCGUGGAGUAUGUAUUUCAAUGGUUGUAAAUUUGCAAGAAGCAAAACCCCCAGGAAAUUUAGACUCCUCACAGAUGACCCUAAACAAGAGGAACUUCUUGAAAAUAAUUUGCAAAUGUUAGCUACCGAUGUGGCUCCUGUUUAUAAGAAACUUGCUCCUGAAGCUUUUCAGAAUCAGGUGGAAAAUGAAUACAUGGGCCCAGACUGUCGACUUGGAUCUAAGGAUGGUAGGCCUUUCUCUGGAGUAACAGCUUGUAUAGAUUUCUGUGCCCAUGCCCAUAAGGACACGCAUAACAUGCACAAUGGAAGCACAGUGGUGUGUACAUUAACAAAGGAAGAUAACCGUAAAGUGGGGGUGAUACCAAAUGAUGAACAGCUACAUGUGUUACCUCUUUACAAAAUUUCACAAACAGAUGAAUUUGGCACAGAGGAGGGAUUGCAAGCCAAGAUAAAAGCUGGAGCAAUACAGGUGCUUACAGCUUUUCCCAGAGAAGUACGAAUGUUGGCAGAGCCACUCAGAGCUACAAAGAAAAAGAAACCAGAUACAAGGAGAACACCAGUUGAAAAACAGGUAUUAGUGGAAAAGAAAUAUUCAACACCAUUAAAGAUGAAAAAUGAAGCCCCUGAAAAUCUCAGUAACACUUCACAUUAUUUAGGGAACAAAACUGGUGCUUUGCAACCUGGAAUAAAAAUGGGGAGUUCAGAUCACCUUUAUGCCAUGAAAAAUGCUUCAAACACUACUAUACUGAAACAAUAUACUGCUUCUUCCCCUUUUAAGGUGGAUAGUUUACACCCUUAUUCAGCAUUAACACACAAGCCUAAUAUAACAACAGUGGCUAAUAUUCAACCAGAUUUUUCAGUUCCCUACGGGUAUUUUGAAUGCAGUAGUAAGCAACCUCAUGUGACACCUUAUAUUAAUUGUAAGAACUUUGAUGUAUCAGUCAAAGAUUAUACUGGAAUUCUGCUGAAUGAUAAAAUGAAUGGUGUGCUGCCAAUUCUUCCAGAAGUCACUGUUUCAGACCAUGUAACCCAUAAAGACCCCCUGCACAGCAUACUUGAACAGCAGCCGGACAACAAGCAAAACUGUCUGCCUCAGUUAGAAAACUCUCCCUCUUCAGAGUUGAUCAGCUCUUGCGAUUUGUCAGUAAAUUCUCCAGCAAAGGACAUAAUAAAAAAGGAAGCUAAUUGUUCUCAUGAAUGUCCAAAGGAAAAAGGUGGAUCUGAUCAAGAACAGAUAUGUGAUUUUGAAGCGAUUGAUGAAAAGCAAAACAAUGGGCUAGGAGAACCAACAGAUUCUGAAGAAAAAACUGAGGAACUGUGGUCAGACAGCGAGCACAAUUUUUUGGAUGAUGACAUUGGUGGUGUUGCUGUGGCACCUUCUCAUGGUUCUAUUUUAAUUGAAUGUGCAAGACGUGAACUCCACGCCACUACACCAAUUAAAAAACCAAACCGCAAUCAUCCCACACGGAUCUCCUUAGUUUUCUAUCAGCAUAAAAAUUUAAAUGAGCCAAAACAUGGAUUAGCUAUGUGGGAAGCAAAGAUGGCUGAGAGGGCAAAAGAGAAGGAAAAAGAAGCAGAAAAAUUAGGGACUGAAAAUGCUGAACUAAACUCUAACAGCAGGAAAACAAAGCAAACCAGUGAAACUAGAGAGAUUUUCUAUGAAGAAAAUGAGUUCAACCAAAUUCCAUCACGCAGAGCAUUAACAGUAACUAAAGAUAAUAUAAUAACAGUGUCGUCUUACGCCCUCACUCGAGUUGCAGGGCCUUAUAAUCAUUGGGCAUAGGUUUCGUAGCAAAUGCCUUGCCUUGGUGCAGUGUUAUACAAUAUUUCUUUAAGGUGCUGUUAAAGAACAAGUCUUAUGUAGUUUACUAUUUGUUCAUCUCAACCAUUUUAAGGCUGAGGUAAAAAUGGGGAUUUUUCUUAAACUGUGACUUUAACAUUUGGUGGUGCUUGAGCACAUUUUAAGCAAAAAAAGUUGUAUAGUUUUAAUACAUUCUAAAAUUAUUUGGGUUAGAUUAUUAACCUUGAUUGACUCAUUCAAUUUAUUACCUUUAGGAAUUUAUAUUUUGGUGCUUUAAAUCAAGUCUGUUUACUACAAAAGAAAUCAUUUGUAGGGAUUUUAACAGGUUCACAUUUUAUGAUAUAAAAUCAAAGUUAUACACUGAUAGCUCUACACAGCUCUUGGUGCUUGACCACAUCAAACAGUUAAGAUAAUAAGCUGAAUUAUUACUUCAUGGUGCCAUUGCUCUAACAACUUCCAAUCAUUGCUAUAAAAUCCAAAUGACAAAUAUUUUAAAAGAACUAAUGGAAGAAUGCUGUCUGCAUAGAUUUAUCGUUACAUAAAUAUGAAGGUAUCCAUAGUGAUGGCUGGAAGUUGUUUGUAAGCUGUAAAUAUAUAUUUAAAAGCACUUUCUAUUUUUAAAAUUAACUUGAAAUAGUAUAGUAUAAGGAUCAUAUUGUCUAAGGUUUGUGCAUACUCUACAGAAGAAAUCAUUUUAUUCUUACUGUGUAGAGUUCCAUAGUGUUACAACUGCAAUAUAUAUGCUAAUAGCAUAUGUGAUUGUUUUUAGGCUUGCCCUUUUUCAUUGAAAAUUUUAUGUUCCGUAUACACAUAAAAGUAAUAAAAUGCAGAAGCAUUUAAUUAUUUACAAAUAUGAAAUUAAGAAACAUCUUGUCAAUAUGUGUGUUGCUAUUGGGAAUUAUGUAAUGAAUGUUAUUUGUUGUUUUUUGAAGACAGAUUUUAUUAUGAUUUAUUUGAGCAAUAAGCGCAAAUGUCUCAUUCAUCUGGAGCAUUGCAAGUUUUAUGAUCCAACCAAAUGUUCCUAAUGCCUCAGGGGUAGGAUUGUUUUGGGAUAAAAAAAAAAACCCCCUAGAGUUGCCUUAUUCUGUUCUGAAAAAAAAAUACAUGUGGGGAAAAAUAAGUCAGCAUUGGAAGAUUAAAACAAUAUUCUAAUAUCAAAUGUGUAACAGAAAAUUUUAGUUGGUAAUACCCUUCCAGAAUGUUCACCAGCCACUAGGAACGCUUCCUCAUUUCAAAUAUUUUUUCAAAGAAUGUCUUGUUUUAUUUUGAACACUGAUCCAUACAUUUCAUAUGGAAUUGUAUUAAAUACAAACAUUUGAAUUCAUGUUCUCCAUUUCAGUUGGAAAAGUGACAUAUGACAAAUGAAUACAGUUAUAUUUUGUUAAAGAAGAGGAAAAGCAGACACUCCAUUCAUUAAGUACUGUAGCAUCUGACCCGUCUCUUUCCAGUUCUCCUUUUCUCAUUUCUUUUUGCAGUUUAUUAUUCAACUUAUUUAUUAUUCAUCUUAUUACCAAACAAAAAACUUAGCUAAGUGAGGUCCUCAACCUGCAGCUGUUAUUUAUGAAAGCAGUUCUUACUUUAGCAGUCACACUGCAGUCAGUGAGACUACUCAAGUAAGGACUACUCUUGGGAAUAAGAGUUGUGGGUUUAUGUCUUGGCAGUGAAGCUCCACAUUUAUCAUGCCUGUGAAUUCUCACAGAAUAUAUAACCACACAGGUUAUGUAACUGAGAUUAAGUUUUUUCCAAUGAAAAUGUAUACCAGUAAUAUACUUGAUAUUAUAAUGUAUUGGUGCUGUAAUAAAAUUAAUCUGAAAUGUCUAGAUCCAUUUUAUCUAAAACCUAGACAAGGUGCUUUUUUCUCAAAAAGUUCUACCAUAAUUGUUAUAUUUACAGUUUUGGUGCAAAACAUAUGUGAAUUUUAUUUUUUAUAGACAGUGCUAACUAAGGUCCUGAUCUAGUGAGCAGUUAUACAUGGGAGUAGUUUAGUGAGUUCAGUUUGACUGCUCUUUGAUGCACAUUUAUACACCUGCAGCAUCUGCUGGAUUAAGGCCUAAAGUUGCAAUCACUGUGUAAUGACCUUGGGUGCAACCCUGCAGUCCUCAUGCAAACAGCUUAUUGAAAUUAAGAAUUUUGGUGGCACACGGACAGCAGAAUUGGACCCAUUCUUUGUAUCUUACCUAUUUUAAUUUAAACUUGUAAAAAACCCAUAUGCUGCAAAUUUUAGUUCAAAGCUUGUUAUUUGUUCAAAUAGAGGAUAUGAAGGGAUUGUAAAUAAAACAAAGUCAAUAUUAUGCCGUCAUUUUGUAUCAGCAGUUUUCUGCUUCUUGAAAUGUAAAAUACAGUAUACGUUAAAUCAUUAUGGUAUUUUUGUGUGCCUUAGAUAUCCAUUUUAAAACUUGUAUAUUUUUGGUGAGCCUAAGAUAUAAUAAAAUUACAGCUGUACAUACAGUAAGUAGUACUGUAAGCUGCUGUAGCUGCUCCAAUAAUAUAUUUGUUAUACGAGUACCCUUGUCUAACAUAAUGGUAAAUUAUCUACUGGAAAGAUUUUUUUGUUAAUUGUAUCAUUGAUAGCUUCACCAUUAUUUCACAAUGCCAUAUGCAUAUAUAGUGCAUAAUGAAAAAAUCCUGUAAAAAUCAGUAACUCUAGCGCAGUGAUUCUCAACCAGGGUGCCACAGCACCUUUCAAGGGUGCUACAGGGUACCACACAAUAUUGGCACUGUUUAGAUGUACAAACAUGAUACAUAAAACAUUCACAGGGAUUUCAAAUGGGAAUCCCUAAUAUUAAAACUAUUCUGACCUGUUGUGGGCUUUCUACAUUUUUGCAAAAGAAUAAUUGCUCUAUUAUCUUUCUAUAGUCAAAGAAUGAGUGAAAACCAAGAGUUGGCAUUUUCUGAGGGGUACCUUGCAUCUAGUAAAGGGUGCCUUGAGUCUAACGUUGAGAACCACUGCUCUAGUGAAUACCAACCUUUCUACUUGAAUUUAGCCAGGAAAGCUUUAAGGCAAUUAUUCAGCCUUGCAACAAGUUCAAGAAAUUAAAAUAGAUGAAUGUCCACUUAAACCCUUCUCUAGAAAUGCCUUACUUAAAGGCUUGUAAAUGACUAGAAAGUUCAAGUGAUAAAAGUAUUCCUUUAGAAAAACAAAAGCAUCAAUCAGAGAACCAAGAAACAGGAGAGGUGCAUAUAAGAGGACAUCUUUAAGCAAGGUUUUUUUUUUACAAGUGUUUUCUCUACAUCAGUAAACCCCCAGCAAAUACAGCCUAAUAGGUUUCAUGUAGCAAUUGAGAAGAGACUACAUCUUAAAAUAUUCAAAUUAUUACUUGGUAGCUGCUAAAAUCCUCAGUACUGCUUUAUUACAGUUAUUGAAAUGGUAAAAAUGCCCAGUCCAAAGAGUAAAAUAUUACCCCCAUUGCUAUUUUCUUGACAAUUUAUAAAAAAUACCCUAAUUAUAGUUACAUAAUUACAUCCGACAGGCAGAUUAGCUGCCACCUUUUUUAUUCUCUGAUGUGGCACUUAGCAGAGUGCAAUCUGAAAAGCAAAUAUUUUCUAGUAACAUAUUGUGCUACAAAAAUACACCUAUUUACUGUUUUUACAGCUGUGCGCUAUUUAUUAUAACAUUUCAGGAUAUUUAUGAUUCUUGCACACACACCUCUGUGUUGUUUUGAGUAAGAUUAUCACUUAUAACAAUAUUAUCCUCUAAAAUAUAUAAAUUGUGGAAUACAAUUAUUUCUCUUCCACUCCACACAACUGCUCUGUGAUUUUCCUCUUAUCCUCAGCAAGGUUCUUCCAGGUUGGCCAGGUCAAGAACCAGAUCCAAGGACAAGGUAACUAAGAAUCUAAGAACCAAAUGUUUUUCUGGAUCUCAUGUGGGUAUCAAUAGAAGUGGUGUUCAAAGAGAAAGGGUAGUAGAGGUCUCCAAAUGUUUAACUUUGCAAAUUUCUGACAGGCUGUAUUUUUACUUUUAUACUUCUGAACAAUAUUCCAGCAAGGAACCCAACACAGCAUAUCUUUUACUUUCUAGAAGAAACAACCCUCAUCCCUUCCUCUAAGGGGCCCCAUAUAUUCAGUCUGGAGAAAAGAAGUAAUACUUGCUAGAAUAUAUCAUUUCUCUUUGACUUACAUGAGCCACUGUUGCAAGAAUGCAGUAGCGUCCACUGAAAUGAAGAAUGCUACCACUGCAGUUCUUCUGUUCUUAUUGACACAGGGAAUGAGGUACCAAGCUGGGAUCUUAAACUUAAAACCCACAGAUAGUAAUGUCGACUAUUUCUGUGAGGCUACAUGACCAGUAUUUUUAUAAUGCUGUUCAAAACUCACACAAAAACCGAUCAACGGUAGCCACAAUUAUGAUGGAAUUGUAUCUUUAAGGGAUCCUGACUUAAUUAAUUGACAUUUGUAUUUAGUGUAAUGGUCAUUAAAAUUUUUGAUCUUAGAUACCACAAUGCUUCCUUAUGUUUAAAAUAGGGAAUUAUUGUAGUAUCUUUGACAAUGUAGUGUGGUAACUGUGGGUAAAUGGUGAUUUUUUUUUUGUAAUGCCUACUGUUGUAUAUAGCGCACAAUUGUUUUCUCCUUUUAAAAUAUCUUUUAAAAACCAUUACAGUAUUUUUUUAAGUUAGAUGGUCAAAUUUGGGUCUUAUUUACAUCACUGCAGUACCACUACUUGCAGUGUGCUGAUUUAUCAGGCUUUCCUGCAAUUUUUAUAUUUAACUCAAUAUGCAUUGACAUAAUUGAACCAAAUUCUCUGCUUGAUACUGUAUAAAUCCCUUACAGUUAAUGGAGCUUAUGGAGGUGCAAAUGGCAGUAGUAUUUGGUCCAGUAUGUUAGUAUGCUUUUUGUUAAAUGUAGAGGUCUUACAAAAACUUACUAAAAAAUUGUAUUUGCAUUUUUAUAUUUAAAAAUUAGGGCUCAAUCCUGCCCUACAUUAAACAGAAGCAUAUGAAAUCUGCUAUCUAGUCAGUCCUAAUGAUUAUUGUCUGAUUUCUAAUUUAUGUAAAUGUCUAAUUCCUUCUCAGAUUUGCACAGAAAUGCUGUAAUGUACACACAAAUGAGGAAACACCUUUCCAAAUCAUGAAAAGUUAAUUUGUAUGCCAGUUUUCAGAUGUUUUUACGUAUAACAGUAAUUUUAAUAUUGAAUGAAUGGUCUCUCAACUCCAUUGUAACAAUUACAACAGCAUUUCUUCUGAAGUAAGAUCUUUGUAACAUGCUAUUAAACUGUCAUUGUGUUCUGUGUCUCACAUAUGGAAGAACUGGCUACCUAACUGUAAUACAUUAGGAGAGCCUUUGAUCUUACAUGAUGAAAUUACAGAGGAAGACAGGCCAACCACAUAUGGAAAGGCUGUUUUGUUUUGUUUUGUUUUGUUUUAUCUUUUUUUUGUUUUAAUUUAACCAACUGUUAAUUUAGUCUGGAAAACCAAGACAGCAACUUUGUCAUCAAACGAAACUGAAGGGAAACACAUUUUAAUCAUGCUAUGACAUCCUGCACUGCAUUACAAUGUCUGUGUCAUAAUAUUGCAUCUCAGCCAUGGGGACAUGCCACCAGGUCGUGUUACUGCUGUAGGUUGAUGUAGCUCUUAAUUCCUUUUCUCUUCUUCCUCUGAAGGAAUUAAUCUUGCUUUGAUUCUCUUCGCCCUACUUUUACUUCCUUGUAAAAUCAAAAAGGCCACUUUCUCUUUAAUCUGCCACAUAUAUGGUCCUUGGACAAAGAACCGAGCACUGCUAUAAUUACCAUCCUGUUCAUUCUGCCUGAAGUGGAAAGUGGAGGACUAAUCAGGCAUGUGAGACUUGAAAGUUGUAUAUAAAGCUAUGAAGAGCUGCAUACAGCCUGUGAUCCAAUUUAAAAAAUACAAUGUAUUUAGAUACAAUGAUGCAUUUCUGUCAGUCUCCCCCUUUUUAUCUGCUCUUAAGAAUUAUAGCCUGUGUAAAAAGUACUGAAACUAUGACAGUAUUUUGUACUUCAGUAUUUUGCUGAAGUAGUGGGAAACCACAAUAAAAGAAUUUUCUGGGACUAUCUGAUAUUUCAGACAAACUAUCUUGUAUCAUUAUUGUUUAUAUGUAGUAAUUAUUAUAUGUAGCGAUUCAGUACCAUAUUAUUUAUAUGGUACUGAAGUAUGCUGCUGUAAAACUGUGACUGCUAUUCCCUUUGGACUCUGAAAAAGGAAAGUUGCAUAUUUUUUCAUGUUAUCCUAGUAGCCAAAAAUCUCUUUUUUUUUUUUUAAAAAGUACGUAGGAUAUUGAGACUAGCCUCCAAACACUACAGACCAGUUUCUGGAGUCAGCGGUGUUUCUUUGAAGAUAUCGGAUGCUACUAAGAUCAGACUUUGCUUUGUCUGUGCUAGAGAUUGUUCAUUUUUUUCAGCAAAUUAUUUAGUGAGCUUGUAUCUCACGUUUGUUUUGUCAUUUCCAUUUUAGAAGUUUAGGUGUUUCAGAGGAGGUAGUUACUUAUAACAUUACAGUAUAAUAUUUAGUGACAUGUAUAGUCUGUUUUUAUUUCUUCAAUGACAAUGAAUAACGUGUGCUGUAUCUUCUCUCUUUAGGAUAUUCUAUUGGCUUGCUUUCCCCGUAGGCUUCUUGUCAGUACAGGCAAUAGUUAGGGACCUAUCAAAUUCAUGGUAGAAGUGGGCUGUGCCACAGCUCCUUUAAUCUUGCAGAUUCCUCUGCACACACCCCUUCCCCCGCCUCCACCAAUUGGCAGAGGGGCUCCACAGCUCACACCUGACUAGCUGGAAGGUCAAAACCAUGGCUUUAAAUACGGUGCCAUUUUUGCCUCCCAGCAGCAGCAAACAGCAGGGCCAUGGGGACUCCUCAGCCAAUCAGCAAUGGGGGGGAGGUGCAUGGGGAAACCUGCAAAACUAAAGGAGCUGUUGCACAGCCCAUUUCUGCUGUGAAUUCAGUAGGUCCCUAGCAAUAGUGAACCUUUCAGCUCUCUCAGCUCUCUGGCUGAUCCCUUUGUAGUUCACCUGCUCUAUAUAUCCAUGUCAGCUGUCAGCUCAAGGUGAUGUUCUAGCCUUCUGUUACAGAAUAAUAUGAAGAUUUGGAUUUUCAUGAAUACACAACUUCAAUAAUUUUUCUUUGAAAAAACCUCCUUUGUUCUUUAAGGUAGCAAUGCAAGUGUAAGCCUUGUCCUUGAUUUUCUUUUUCCCCAUCUCACCUCUCCUUUGUCUGUUAGUCUACUUACCUUUACCUUACUGGGUCCAUCUACAUGAAAUGCUGCAUCGCUGUAGUGACAAGCUACGGCAAUGUAACAUCAGUGGGCAUGAACCAGGACAUGGACGCUACUGCACAGUAGAUCGUUUUUACUGUGUAGUAGGGUCGUAAACAACCCAUGUGCCGCCAGGACUGCAUAGUAAUGGUGGUUACUGCACAGUCGAGAGCACAUGUAGACACACCCACUAUAGAUUUUGUUUUAAUCAUCUCUCUCAUCUCUUACAGUGAUCUUUUGGUGGUCUUGUUAGAGCCUUAUCUCCCAGGGAAUUGAGAAUAUUGAAGUUAAAUUAUGUUUUUACUCCAAGAAAGAGAGGCCUUCUGUCCCUCCUUUUGCUUCACUGGUUUCCUGUCAGUGCUUAAAGCAAACUCCUAAGCUGCCCAUUUAAUCUUAAGAACUUUUAAUUAAUUGGUUACACUCUACCUCUCUGACCUUUUAGGUCUGUGCAGCUAAGCCAACACUGUACUUUGCCGAUAUUGUCCACUUUUUUGCCCAUAGUCAUGAUUCUCUUGCAUCGUUCUUUGCUUGUGCUGCAAUAACUCUUUAGAAUUCUCCCCUUUCCUCUGUGUUAAAGCAUGAUUUCUGCUGUUCAAAUCUUGAUGUAAUAAUCCAAAUUUCACUAGUCUCUCACAGGUGCAUAAAUGGAAAAAAGUGCUUCUUUGCAUCUUCUGACUUUAUCUCUAUGCAGAGAUGAGCCAGAAGACCAGAGGUAGCCUCAAAGCUGCAUUAAGUUUAGCACCAUCCCUGACAUUAGAUUCUUCAAGGGGAAAUGGUGGUACAGGCUUACCUGUUCUCCCUGCUUCCACAACAAGAAGCAGAACUGUUCUAUCUUGAGAAGGCAGAAGUGAAAUAGAAAUUAUGCCCUGUAAAAGGGCGUAGAACUUUCAACUUUGCUUGCUAUGGACUUCUUCAUUUAGUCACAAUGCUUUUAGGUACUCUUGCUAUUGCAUAACCUUGUCUCAACUCUGCCAGUCCAGCAUGAGCUGUUGCAUAUAGCCACAAUGUAACCGAAAUCUAACUGAUGUCGUUGGCCUUCAAGUGACAUUAAGUCCUUCUCAAUACAGCAUCCUUCAGUUCUUCCCAUGCUAUAGCUAGCAACAAAUUUCAUCCCUUUUCUUUGCUCUGCUAGGCUUUUGUACGUGUUACUUCUUAUUUAUGUCUGAAUCUGCUCCUCUGUCCAAAGUCUUCUCUUUUCUUUCUCUCCAUAAGGCAUAUUCUGGCCCUUGAUGAGGAAUAAUAUGAGGAUAAGUUGUCCUGUGGAACAAUUCAAAACCUGCAGGAUUACUGUUAAAAUUAAAUGGAUAAUAACAGUGACAUGUUGUUUAAAGGUAUUCAAUACUAAACUGCCAAAAACUUUCCCAUAUUUUACUUGUAUUGAUUACAAGUUGGAUUACAUUUGGACCCCAAAUGCUUUUUAUAUAACAAUGACCAUAUCAAAUCAGUGUUUUAGGUUGGUAAUGCUAUUUUCAAUCAUAGUUAUUGCUAUUAUUCAAGUGCUGUACCCACAGCCUUCCACACAAAAUCAAAGUGCUCAGUACUGCAGACACCAAAAUCCUCCAUGUGUAGGCAGCAGAACACAAUUGUCAGUUAAAUUACACAGAGAUGUCAUGCAGAAGACUGAAUGCAUUUAAAGGAACUGUUGUUGCAAUUUUCAGUGGAACAGGAGUCCUUCACUUAACUCAAUAUCACAAUUGCUGCAACAGAACAUUUACAUACUUGUUGUGGAAGAUUUUAUUAAUUAGUUGUUUGAUAAAUAUUGUCUGUAUCUUACUGUAGUUUAUUUUCAUAUACUAUUUUAAUGCAAUUUAUUGUUUUUUUUAAUGCAAGAAUAAAGGGUCUGAUUCUUAUUUACAGUAGCCACUCUAGAAGAGUAAAGGGGCAUUUAAGUGGGUAUAAAUGUAAUUUAGACCCACUGCUCAUGCCUUUUUACAUUGCUGUGAGUGUAGAGACACUUGUGUAAAUGAGAAACAUGUCCACAAGGUUGAUUGUGCAAUCAUUAGUGAGUGAUUUUUCCUUAAAGUAUCCCUGCUGCACACACAUUGGCCAGUAAAAUCCAAACCAUCAUGCUGGUUUUUAGUUUGGAAAAUAAGAAAUGUAGUUUAGAAAGAUUUUAUAGUGUAGAGUCUUUUGUAGCACAGGAGGUAGGGAUCCCAUGAUAGACUGUCUUUCUUUCCUCAUCUUGCCUCCAACAAGAAUGUGGUAAAGGAUUUGUUCCGCAAGAUAAUAACUUGGCUAUAAAACUGGUAGAAUUGUGGUUGGUAUUAAUUGCAAAUUUGGGCCAUUUUUUCUUCAUAUACACAAGGUUGUCUUUUUCCAUUACAUUAUCAGCUUUACUUGACCACUGGAAGUGGGGUUGUGAGAAAUCACCCAGCUCUAUUCUAUGCUGAAACCAGAUCCAGCAAGGUUUGUAAUACUAUGUAAUACUGCCACAUUAGGGUGAAUUGUGAGGUUUAAGCUGAGAGCCAAAGUUUUCCGACUACCCUACCUGUGGCGAUAUUAUAUAGCAAAACUAUCGGCCCAGUCCUGCAUACCUGAGUCAUGCAAAACUUCCACUGUGGCCAAUGGGAGUUUUGCCUUAAGCAUUGAGCCUCUUAAUACCAUAUGAUUGCAUUGGAAAAAUAAAAUGGUUCCCUUAAAAAAAAAGUCUGAGGAAGAAAACGAACUGCUUUAUUUUCAUUCUUAUAUGUCUAAACUGUGGAGGUGCUGAGAAACAUUACUAUAGAGUACAUUUCUUUUUAUCCUUGUGAAUACCAUUCUGUUAGUCUAACAAGCACAGGGCGGCCUUCACAUUCUGACUGUUGUGAGCCUGCACUCUUAAUAAUUCCCAAAAUGACUGCAAAGCCACAAGUUAAUGCAAACAGCAUUCCUGUAUAGUUAAAAACAAGGCUAUUUAACUUAAGCAUUAAUAGAUAUUUAAUAAUUUAAGAUUGAAUUCUGUUAAUAUUGCUUUGUUCAAUUUGGGAAGGAAUAGCUCUUGAUAAUCCAGUAAUAUUAUGAUGUAUCAUAAAUGCUGACCGGAAUUUGUUGCCAGCAGAUAUAACAUUAAUUUUUAAGGCAACAACAUCCAAACAUGCAAUUUGAUUCCCUCAUGAGGAUUAUGAAAAGCUAAAAAGGUACAGUAUGUCAAAGGAGAAAAAAAAAAGAUGUAUUAAUGAUUGUGUAUUCUGUUUCUUUCUUUCUUUCUUUCUUUCUUUCUUUCUUUCUUUCUUUCUUUCUUUCUUUCUUUCUCUUUUUUGGGAUGCAUUUAAUAUUUCUCUUUCAGGUUUGAAUUGUUGAGGUUUUGGAUUUCCUCCAGCUAAUCAACUUACUGUAUUUAGACCUUCUGAAAAAUGAAAUAAGAAAAGCAAAACAUAAUUUUAUGUACAGGGAGAAAAAAAACAAAAAGAAAAAGCACUUCAUGAUGUUACAGUAUGUACAGGAGACAGGAUAAAAAUACUUAAUGUCUUGAAAAACAUUUGGGGCCUGAUUCUCAUGCAGAGUAAAUAAGCAUACUUUCACUAACAGCCAGGAAGCUAUGCAAAUUUAUACUAGCUGAGGAUCUAAAUCAUGACAUCUCUGCAGACAAGGGAACCCUUACCAGCAGUACUUGAAGACUUGUGAGUUGUGACUGCAUGUUACUUGAAAGACCUAAUUAAGCUAUGUUUUUGGUGCAAGCAGUUGUUGUACAUGAUUUCAUGUUUAUGUAGCAAGAUGCAUUGAAAUGUUGAUACUAGUAUUGAAACAUACAUGUAAAGAUUGUUGUUGUGGAAAUUGUCUGUUCUGUUAUAUUUUUCUUGUGUGUCUCAUCUGUUUAGAAGGUAAACUUUCCUUUUUUUUUAUUGUCCUAACUGAAUAAGGCUAAAUGAAUACUGUAAUUGAAAAUAUAUUUUAAAUCUUGUCAUGAGUUUUUAAAAAGACUAUUACAAAUUGUAUCAUUCCUGAUUACACAGAAAUUUGUGGGUGGUUUUAAAUAAAUUUUAUACUUCUA